AUGGUCCACAUCUUCCGAGCCUGGAUUGCUCUCACGAGCCUGAGUCUCGUCGUGGCCGACACCAAAUGGACCCCAGACGAUUUUGACUGGGACGGUUUCACUUGCAACGACACUGUCGCAAGUGGCCUUUGGAUGAACAGACAUGAGGCUCCAUCGACCACAGAUCUCGCGCUGCUCCCAGAUCAUCAUCCCACCAAAGUCGACUCUGUCGGAGUCGCACAGGUUGCUGUCGUGGCUGCACUUGGGUGGGCCUGGAGAGCAGCUAGUGUUGCCGCUGUCGGUAUCGGCUUGAAGAAUACCAUACAUUCCUGCAAGCAGACUGCUGACGGUGAUGCUGGCUGGGGUCCCUGUCUUGAAGGCCUCUUCACUACCGUAGUUGGCUUCGGUGGUGCUGCUUCUGCUGAGAAGAAACUUCUUCAUAGGGGUGGUCGGUUGCUCAUGCCUAAUCGGUUCCUUGCGGAUGGUACUGUGGACUUGGAAAUGAACGUCCUCACCAGACGUGAGAUCGACGCCCAGAACAACCACGACGAUUUCGUUUUCCAUCACAUUCGGAGCCUUUCCUCUCGUGAUCCUGAAUUUCUCGGAUACGCAAAGGAUGACCAUCGUCUCGCGAAGAAGGACUUUGGUCACCACCCUCUUGUGCCGAUGUUUCGAUUCGAUCACUUCAAGCAUGGCAGCAUGGAAAUGACUACCCGUGACACUAUGAACGGUACCUUCAUCACUGCUGCCUAUACGGGCCAUCCCACUCAUCUGCUGGGCCGUCGUCAGAUUGAGGAUCUCAAGACCCUUAUGAAGCGUGAUGAAGUUUAUGACAAGGAGGUGCUGGAUAGCGGGGUUAUUGAGGCCCGAUUCGACGCUGAUGCGUCUCAAGCUGACUCUGCCUCCAUCACCGCUGAUGCUGGAACCCUUUUCAACACCUUCGAGCCCGAAGUUAGCUGCUUCAUGGGCGGUAAUGUGAAGGAUAACAGUGUCCUAGAUGUCCAGAUGUAUGACACGACCAACAAGGGCACAUUUGGCUUUGGCACGAUUGGAGUGUACAACAACAACGAUGAUGCGCAUUCCGUUGAAGACAUGGAGCCCACGGGAAUGCCAUUGAGCCAAUGCAAGUAA